CAAGCCAUAUUCCCACGAUGUUCUUGUCUACCGGCUCCGGCUUCUUCAUAUCCGGAGUCAAAAACACGUCUGUUCUCUUCCAUGUGCUUUCCCUCGGCCCAAUGCCCGGAAACUGGAUUCUAUGCUUCUUCCGCUCCAUCCUCAGAGACACCUGAAGCCUGUCCGGUCGAUUCUCAUAUCAAGGUCGAUUUACGCAUUAUCUACUUCGCUUCCGCAGGUAUCAGGGGCCUCGGAGUCCCGAGCACAGUAACUACUUUUUUGGUGGACUUUGAGUGGGACUGAAGGGAUGUUUGCUCGACUGUCACGCAAAUCUGCCAGGUGGCUGGACGUACGCGUUGAACAUGCGCUGUCUGGUAAUGACAAUGCCAUGUCGGUCGAUGUAAAUGUGCUCACCUGUCUUGACUUAUCGUGGCGCGGGCUGUGUGGCCAAACUAUUGGGCCUGUGUAUCGUAGCUUGAAAAAUGUUAUGGAGGAAGACUUGGACACAGUUGCUAGGCUGUUGUCCGAACUAGACCCCCUUGGUGAAGAACUAGAACAGAUAAGCGAAGUACAGCCGCAGCCACAGCCGCCGUUGUCGCCAGGCCCCAGAAUCUAUGUAGCAGAAGACAACGCACUUGCGGCGUGUCCUGAAAUUUCACUACCAGAACGAUCGAGAAGAAAGCGUAGGCGAUCGUCUGCUUUAGUCGAACCGCUCGUCAUCAAACCUACACACCCUUCUGCUCCGACAAUUAUCGUUUCACCGUGUCCAUCUCAGGCACGUGAAACCUCGUCUUGGGUACCGUAUCAAGAUGCAGCAUUUGGCGCGCGCCUCACAGUGCCCACAUACGCCCCAUCAAACCGCGCGUUUCCGCCCCUUGUAGCUCCAUCCAAUCUUGACAACCGCGCUGAUGUCUGGAAGUAUGUCAACGGUCAUUGGUGUGCUGUCCUUCCGACACAGGAUGAACAGUGUAGAAGAGGGUUGUACUCUAAGAGCAUAGUUUCCAGGCGACGUUCAACGCUACGGCCUCCUUGUCGGACGGAGAUCUGAGUUUCUGUUGCGCCGAUCUACUACUGACUUCAAUGUCCCUCGUUUGUUGCAUUCGCCGUCUUGGGCAAUUCAUUUCAUGAAACAUAUAUCAUUCUCAUGCAUUGUAUCUAUCAUGUUAUCUAACUCAUAUUUGUUCAAUACCGUUGUAGAGAUCAACUUAUUGUUGUUGUGAUUCA